UCCGGCAGCACCAAUCGCAAACUCUUUUCUGUGGAGCCCCCAGCUAUGAAAUUGAAAGAAACCAGAAAGCAGCCAAUGGGAAAAAACAUGCAUUCCUCAGCCAAUCCUCCGGCGGCGUUUUGUGUCUUUGCCCAACAGCAACUUGUGUUUCAGACGCAGGGGCGUUCCCCAAACGCCAAUGGGCGGGCGCCGGGAAGCGCACUAGCCAAUCAGAGAGAGACGUUGAAUGACAGCUGUCCAAUGGAGGCCCUCAGUGCUGCCGCGGCUUUCCCCUUAAGCGCCGCCGCGGUCUGUGGAAUGUCAACUAUUCAACAUGGAGGCGGAGGUCGACAAGCUGGAACUGAUGAAAAAUCCAGUUAUAGUUUUAAAGGAAUUGUCAGCAGUAAAGUCUCGAUAUCAAAGUUUGUAUGCUCGCUUCAAACCAAUUUCUAUUGAGCAAAAAGAGACCAAGAAUCGCAUUUGUGCUACUUUGAAGAAGACAAUG